UCUUCAUCUCGAAAACUCUUUCAGAUUUUAGCAAUACACUCCUAGUCUUUUAUUCUUUUUUUGAUCUCAUUUUUAUACCCUUUUAGCUACCAUGGCUGUUCUAUCUUAUGAAUCUGAGUUCACUUCCUCUAUCCCUCCAGCAAGGCUUUUCAAGGCCUUUGUCCUUGAUGCAGACAACCUAUUCCCAAAGAUUGCUCCCAAUGCAGUUAAGUCUGUCGAAAUCAUCGAAGGAGAUGGAGGAGCUGGAACCGUCAAGAAGAUCACCUUUGGUGAAGGCAGCCACUUUAACUACUCAAAGCAAAAGAUUGAAACAGUUGACAAAGACAACUUCGUCUACGCCUACAGUUUGAUUGAAGGAGAUGCCUUGACAGACAAGCUUGAGAAAAUCUCUUACGAGACCAAGUUUGUUGCAGCUGAUGGAGGAUCCGUCAUCAAGAGCAUCAGCAAAUACCACACCAAGACCGAUGGCCAUGACAUCACAGAAGACAAAAUCAAGGCAGGGAAAGAAAAGGCUUCCCAUCUCUUCAAGGUUGUUGAGAAAUACCUCCAGGAGAAUCCUGAUGCCUACAACUAAACCAAUUUUAUUGUUCACUGAAAUGUAAUAUUUCCUAUUGUCUAUUCCCAUCAAUAUCAGUUUCUUGGGCUUGCUUUUGUGUCUCGGAAUGUUGAAGUGUGAACAUUUUGUAUUUAUUUUGUUUUGAUCAAUAAAAACAUCUGGUGAAUGAUCACCUAAUAUAGUGGUUGCAAGUA